GUGAAUGUGUGACUUUUAUUUUGAAGAAAUGGCAGCCAUUUUGGAGGAGAGUCUAGUAGCUCUACCACGACACUGAAUCCAUGCAUACUUGUGGUAGCUGUUUUUUUGGUUGUUGAUGUUGGCCAACUGAAACGUCAUUUUGGACAAAUUUUCUACAAUAAAUGUAUGAUGGUACUUUAAAUUUGGGGGGGCUAUGUCGUUUGUUAUUGUAGUGGUUUGACUAAGUUCCUUAAGUUCACCCCUCAUGAGUUAUUAUAACUUAAUGUUCAGUGCUGUUUAAUUAUAUUGCUAAUAAUGGAGAAAGUACGACGAAUCUUGGUGCAUUUAUCCAAAGAAAGCGCAGCUCCACACUGUGCCCAGUUUGUUCAGAGCAUUACUGGACACUUUACUGGACAUCUUGACGACCAAACAACUGUGACUUGUUCCCUGGAAAACAACCGGUUUAUUUUGUGUCAGGGAAGUCAUGAGAGGGGCGUGCCUCUUAAGAGGGCGCCGUUCUGCCCAAUCAAAUUGCUCUCUCCCUCAGAGGCGGCGUCGCUUUCUCCAGACACUCUCCGAAGAGGCGUGGAUGUGGGCGUGGCUAUACUGCUCCAGUCAGCCAAUCAGAAGCUGUUGCUGACCAGGCGUGCUCAUGCCCUGAGGAUUUUUCCUAAUGUAUGGGUCCCACCUGGUGGCCAUGUGGAACUGGAAGAAAAGCUGUUGGAUGCAGGCCUGCGGGAGCUGAGGGAGGAAACUGGACUUAAACUGGACCCUGAGGACAUCUCCUCCUCUCAGCUGCUGGGCCUCUGGGAGUCUGUAUACCCACCCAUGCUGUCCCGAGGACUGCCCCAGAGACAUCACAUUGUCACCUACAUGCUGCUUUGCAGUAACCAUACACACCUGCAGCUACAGUCCUGUAUGAGGCCAGAGCCUGCCGAGGUCAGUGCGUGUGUGUGGGUUGAUGCAGGACUGGUCAGGGCUAUCGUAUCUGCUGUUGAUGGGGAGGAAAAGUCUUUUCAUAUACCUGCUGAUCUUCCUCAGUCUGUCAGCGUUACUGAAGUGUCUCCUGAAGGUGAGCUGAGCGAGUCCACUCUGCCCGUGUCAGUGUUCUGUAACCGGGCCUCGGCUGAGGGCGAGGAUGUGGAGCGGGUCAGCACAGGAACCAAGUAUGCCUUAGAGCUCUGGCUGAGUACCCAGGCAGCUAGCUGUGAGAAGGGUUAACUGCAGCAGAUACGUUCUCAUUCUCAGGCCUGAUCUGUGGAACCCAAAUAAGCACCUGAUAUUUACCUUCAUAAUGCACUAAGGUUGUUUUCUUUAAGCGCCAUUGAAAAGAUGAUGAGCUUACUAGGAGCUUACUUCUGAUAAGCAUGUAAGCAUGUGUGCUCUUUUCCUAAAUAUUUUAAUUAAUCUAAUUAAACAUGAAAUGCUUUCCAGCCACAAUGGGGCAGUAAAGACUCUUGUUAUCUCUGAAACAAAUGACUAAUAUACUACAGUUGCAUGAAACGUGAAAUUUGCACUCGGACAGCCCACUAAUCAAGUAGUUCAUUUACUCUAUUCAUUUAUUAAUGUGUUGUUAUGUUCAAAUAGUAAUUUGUUCUUCUAUGUUUAUUCAGUACAUAUUACACAACUGAUCUUAAACACAUUCUACAGCACUAUGAACCUUGUAUAACCUGUGAAUACAGCAGGAUGUAAACAUAGAGCAUGUCACACAGUGUUACAAAGGCCAUGUUGACUGGUUGUCUUAAAAGGUGUGGUCUUGUUUCUUGUAGAACACUAACAGUGGCACAGACCAUGCUGACUUGUCCUAGUCUUAUAAGGAUAGACUUUUAUAGACUACAGUGUAGGUUAUUUGAACCACAGUUGUGCACCAAUUAUUAUUAUUUUUUUUCCAGAAAGUGAAACCAAUAGCUGCUAAAACAAUCAUUGGCAGAUUCAUCUUAGUCAUAAGAUACUGAAAGGUUUAACAUAAUAUCCUCAGAAAAAAGACUCUAUACGUAUAAGCACAUCAUGAGCUCUUAUGACAAUGCAUUAUGUUUUAUUUAGUCAUUUUUCCUAACACCUCAGUUUGAAGAGACAGUAACAGCAGAGCAUGAUACCCUGUACCUGUGUGCAUUUUACUGGCUUUAAAUUGCAUUUCUCUUUAAAAUACACACAAAAAUUAAUGGUUCUUCUUUGGAGAUCCUAAUUCUUAUUGGAACCAUCAUUAACAGGUAAAAAUUCAAGUUUAAUUCAAAACGUAUUUUGGCCACAAGUGCCGGAAAAUUCCACCAUGUUUCACUGUGGAUGCAACCAAUGAGUAAUGCCUAAAAUGACUUCUGAUUACUUCGAUAUCAUGCCAUACAAUUGUGUUCAAUCACUGUCCCUAACAUGUCCCUUGGAAGGAAGGAAUAGAAGCUACCUUUGAAAGGACUAGGCUGAAGUACUCUGAGUGUAAGGAGCCUGGCUGGAGAACCAUCGUCUGCUCGUAGAAGCAGGAUGCCUUAACGGUGCCAGUGGGACUUUCUACAGCCUUAGUCACUGGAGAGGCCUGUAUGGUUUUGGUUGUGUUAGGCAUGGUGACAAGAAGGAGCGGUAAUCAUAUGGGCACCAGAGGAAGUGCGACAGGCAACAGUGUCAUAGCAGGCCAACAUCUACCUGUACAAUCAAUGUUACGGGUAAAUGUUUGAGUUUUAGCCCCACCUGGGAAUAACAGGUGUAACAGGAUAUACUGUAAGCAGCGAUAUGGAAUAAAUCACAAAAAAAAAUUUGACUGUACAAAACAUGUAAGACUACGUUUCUACAUAGAUUAAAUGGAAUUCCGAUUUGCAUAUUGAUCCGCACACUCAGGCUUUUGAUCUAUUUCUGAACUAACAUUGGUUUCACUUCUGUAUUUUUUUUUUCUUUUAUGAAGAACAGCUCUUCAGGAGAAGGGUUCCACUUUUCUAAGAGUACUGAAAGUCUGUCUGUCACCAUUCUCUCUUUUCCCCCUCUUCUUCCCUUUGAGACCUGCAGAAGAAUCUUUGCGCUGGUCCCAUCCACACAAAGAAACCUUUUUGUGAGCACAAUAGCCCCAGAAAGCAAUGACCCUGGAGGCUGAGGUGAUCUGGACACUGGCACAGCUUAUUAUCCCUAAACCUACCCCCAUUCAACACUGUUUAACCCGAGACAUCCCUCGUUAAAUUAGCAAAAAAAAAAAAAAAAAUUUUGUAUCUUUGUAUAAAAUGUAUUCCUUUUUAAAAUAAAAUGACACGUUUUUCUCUUUUU